AUGUCUUUUGAUCGAAAGGAUAUCGGUAUCAAAGGUCUCUUCCUUUAUACCCCCAAUCAAUAUGUUGGACAAUCUGCUUUGGAGGAACACGAUGGUGUUUCUGCCGGAAAGUAUACCAUUGGCCUCGGAUUGAACAAAAUGGCUUUUGUUGACGACCGCGAAGAUAUCUAUUCUUUCGCCCUUACUGCUCUUUCUCAACUCAUUCAAAAAUACCAAAUUGAUGUUAACAAUAUUGGCCGCUUGGAAGUUGGUACCGAAACUCUCAUUGACAAGUCCAAGUCUGUCAAGAGUGUUUUGAUGCAACUCCUGGGUGAAAAUAGCAACGUCGAAGGUAUCGAUUGCGUCAAUGCCUGUUAUGGUGGUGUAAAUGCCCUUUUUAACACUGUCGACUGGAUUGAGUCUUCCGCCUGGGAUGGUCGGGAUGCCAUCGUAGUUGCUGGCGACAUUGCUUUGUAUGACAAAGGCAAUGCCAGACCUACCGGUGGUGCCGGAUGUGUUGCUCUCUUGGUUGGUCCCAACGCUCCUAUCGUUUUAGAACCAGGCUUGCGUGGUACUCACAUGGAACACGCUUAUGACUUUUACAAGCCUGAUUUGACCAGUGAAUACCCUUAUGUUGAUGGUCAUUUCUCUCUUGAGUGUUAUGUCAGAGCUUUAGACAAAGCCUAUGCUGCUUAUAAUGUUCGUGAUGCUGCCAAGAAUGGAAAGUCGAAGGGACUAGGCAUUGACCGUUUCGACUACUGCGUCUUCCAUGCCCCCACUUGUAAGCAAGUUCAAAAAGCUUAUGCUCGCCUUCUUUACACUGACUAUGCUGAUCAACCUGGCGUUGCUGAAUUGGAUAGUGUCCGUGAGCUCCUUAAUACAUUACCUGCCGCCAAGACUCUUACCGAUAAGACUCUUGAGAAAACCUUAAUGGCUAUUACCAAAGAACGUUAUAAUCAGCGUGUCCAUUCCAGUAUUUAUGCUCCUACUAAUUGCGGUAACAUGUACACUGCCAGUGUCUUCUCUUGCCUUACCUCCCUCCUUUCACGUGUUCCUGCCGCUGAACUUCAAGGUAAGCGUGUCGGCGCUUACUCUUAUGGUUCUGGCUUAGCCUCUUCUUUCUUUUCUUUGGCCAUCAAAGGUGAUGUCUCCAAUAUUGCCCACAAGGCUAACUUUGUUAACGAUGUUGAAAGCCGUCAUUCCAUGACUCCUGUCGAGUACGAAAACGCCAUUGAAUUGCGCCACCAGGCACAUUUGAAGAAGAACUUUACUCCCCAAGGCAAUGUCGACCGCCUUCGCUCUGGUACUUAUUACCUUACUGGCAUUGAUGACAUGUUCCGUCGCAGUUACGAAGUUAAACAUUAA